AUGGAUCCACUGACCAUCACUACCUCGAUCCUCACUGUGGGCGCAACCCUUCAACAAGUCAUCAACCUUCUGGGCAAUUUCACCAACGCCGGCACAAAGAUCGCCGAGAUACAAAGGGAGCUGAAUCUCACCGCUGGCGUGCUGAAUUACAUCCAGGAACAGGAAAACAACAACAACUCUCCCCCGACGCUAUCGAUCGACGAUAAUGCGGGGCGGCCAAGCCGGAGGAGGUCUAACGCGGGCGUACACCUAUCAAAUAUUCUACGGGACAAUAUCUCACAGUUACAACUCGACCUACAAUGUUUUGCUGGAGAGCUGUCCAAGCUGGCGAAACCAUGUUCGUCUGGGUCCAAAGUUGGAAGGGUUGUGGCCAAUGGAAAGGUGGCGUGGAAGUUGUCCUACCUCGAAAAGAUGCAACAUAGCAUCGUGAACAAGCGCAAGGAGCUGGAGUUCAUUCGGAACAGUCUGGUGGUUGACAGGAGAAACGACCGCGCACCCUCCGAGCGACGCAAAUCUGCAGAUCGAGUUGCCUCCGUUUUCUUUGCGCUGGCUCGCCAGUUCAACGACCACAUCUCCAACACCCGUUUGCCUCCACCUAGUCACGAUACCCAAGAGAUAUUUGUCAAAGCAGUGAGAAGGAGGAAAUGGCGUGAAGUUGAAGGGCUGCUCGAACAAGUACACCCGGACUUCACGCUGGGGUCGAUGGAGGGCGAGCUGUUCCCCCUCCAUGUUGCUGCGAUGCUUGGAGAUUUGGUCAUGGCCGAGCUUCUCAUGUCGUACGGUGCGACAGUGGAUUGUCGUUCACAGGAAAACAAAACACCACUCAUGGCGGCCAUCGAACACGACAACUCUGUAGUAGCCCUGGCCUUGGUACGUCGUGGAGCGGACGUAAAUACAUCAGAUUCACGAGGACGGACCCCUCUGCACAUGGCGGCCAGGAAGAACUCCAAAGCUGUUGUUCAGACUCUGUUGAACAAUGGCGCUGAUCCCAACGCAUAUGAUAUUGACGGCAAUACCCCUCUCAUGGAUGCUGUUUGUCGCGAGGACAGGGAGAUUCAACCAACCGACACAAGUGUACUCAGGGUUUUGCUUCAGCCAAACGGAAGUACUGUCGCAGCCGACCCAACUCUUGGAACCAAAAUCAAAGACUACACGCCGCUUCAUCAUGCAGCUGCUGAAGGAUGGCUAGAGGAUCUCCGAAUCAUUAUGAAGCUCUCCCACUCUCGACGAGCCCAGGAGUGCUUGGUGCUUGAUUCCAGGGGCCGCACGCCCCUUUGGUUUGCAGCGAAAAGCGGUUCUCUACAAGUCGUGGAAUUCCUUGUCCAAACUGGCGCUGAUUUUAAUCGGCAUUCCAGGGACAAUGAGAAGCCGACAGUACUUUGGGCUGCUGCCAACAACGCUGCGACAGCAGAGUACUUGUUACGCUCCGGGGCCGACCCAAAUCAACCCAACAACGAUGGCUACACGCUAUUACAUCGUGCAUGUUGGUCGGGAAACACCAUCCUCGCUGAAUUGUUGCUACGACAUAAGGCAGAUGCCACGGUCAGGGACAAGGACGGAAUGCAGCCCCUGCACUACGCUUCAAGGGAAGGGCACGAGGCACUGGUCAAAAUGCUGCUUCAAAGCAGUGGUAUUGAUAUCAACUGUGUUGACAACACCGGCACCACUCCCCUCAUGCUUGCUGCUGACCAGGGCCACGAUUUCAUCAUCAAACUCCUUAUCAGCUAUACCCCUGCUGCGGACUUUAAACACAAGGAUGUCUUUGGCUGUGACGCGUUCUACAUUGCUUGCGCCAGGGGUCAUAUCCUCUGUGCAGCAUAUCUUCUGGGAUGUGGCGCUGACAUCAAUACUCGGAAUGCAAAAGACAACACUCCACUUCAUGCUGCGGUCAAGGUUGGGAUGAAGGAUAUGGUGGGCUGGCUGCUGAGGAUGGGGGCUGACAAAGGGGUGAUGUCGAAGCAGCCGUUUGAUGGAAUGGAUGUGAAAGGGACGCCGCUGGAGAUUGCGAAGUCAGAAGGGCUCGACGAGAUUGUAGAGCUGUUGGAAAGUUGGGAGAUUGAUAGGGGGAGGAAGGAGAGGUAUACUGCUACCAGGGUGGCUUUAUGACGGUAUCUAAUCAGCCAUAAAGUCAACGCAGGUCCCUACAAAGGUCCCAGGCAUACACUUUCGACUAUAUGUGAAUUAGACGGCCAGCGAACCUUAUGCUGUAAAUGCCAGCGAGUGUACAAGGUAGUUGAAAAUGCACCUUAUCCAUAGAAUCCGUCUUCCUCGCCCGGACAACCCACCCCUCCUCAACAACCACACACCCUUUUCAACUACAAUUCCUCGCCACCAGAGUAACAUACCGCUUAGAUUCCAACUACCAACUCUUCAUCCUCGAACAUUUACAACCCAUCACAAACCCCCAUCUCACGACUUUUCCCACAACCAAAGCCCUCACAAUGGACUACCUCACAACCGCCCUCAGCAAAGCCCUCUCCUCCCUCCACCAACUCCAACAAGCCACCACAACCCGCAUCACCGCCACCAACACCACCUCCAACACCACCUCCCCCAUCAACAUCCACAACCAAGCCCUCGACCUCCUCAACGACCUCUCCGAACUCAUCAACGAGGUAAGUCCUUUAAACCCACCCUUUUCCAGACCCACACAACACAAUCAUUAGUGCUUUCUCCCUACCUACACAA